AUGGCUGAUGGAUGGACUGAUCGUUGUAGGCGUACUUUAACUAAUUUCUUGGUUUAUUGCCCUAAAGGAACUGUUUUCCUAAAGUCAGUUGAUGCUUCUCAUAUCUCAAAAACUGCUGAUGCUUUGUUUAGGUUGCUUAGGGAUGUUGUGUUAUUUGUUGGUCCAGAGAAUGUUGUACAUGUAGGGACAGAUAAUGCUGCAAAUUACAUUGCUACUGGAAGGAUAUUGGAUGCAUUGAGAGCUAUGGUGACAUCUAGAGAAUGGACAAGCUCAGCUUACUCUAAAGAAAUCAAAGCAAAAAAGUUUGUGGAUCAAGUCUUAGAUUCUAAAUUUUGGAAUCAAUGCACUAAUAUUGUUAAGCUUACUGAGCCACUUGUUCGUGUAUUGCAUAUUGUGGAUAGUGAAGAUAGAGCUACAAUGGGUUUCCUUUAUCAAGCUAUUUAUAAGGCUAGGAAAGAGAUGGUGAAGAGGUUUCAAAAAAGAAAGAGGGUUGUUGAUCCAUAUUUGAAGAUUUUAGAUUCAUGUUGGGAUUCACAACUUAAAAGAAACCUUCAUGCUGCUGGUUAUUGGUUAAAUCCAGCUUUUCGAUUUAAUGCUACAGAAUUUGAAAAGCACAAGCAAACAACCUCUGGCCUACUAGAUGUCAUUGAGAGAUAUGCUUACGGUGAUGCAUAUUUGGAUUCUAAAUUGACAAGUGAGAUGAGAAUCUUUAAGAAUUCUGAAGGAGACUUUGGAAGACAGUCUGCAAUACGUGAGCGAAGCCCAGUGAUGCUUGAUCAAUGGUGGGAAUCUUAUGGAUGUGGAGCAUCAAACUUGCAAAAGUUAUCGAUUCGUGUUUUAAGUCAAACUUGUAGUUCUUCAGGUUGUGAGGAUCAAUUGAAUCUGGAAGAUGAUCGAGAUGAUGAUGAAGCUAAUAAUAGUUCUGUGGAAAAUGCAAAUCAGAAUGAAACCAAUCAGGAUGUAGCUCCAGAUUUGUCAGAUGAAGAAAGAUAUCCAGACUUUGAAAUUACUCCUUGGAUAUAA